CUGUUAGGAGCUCCACGAGGUGUACUGUAACAUGUGUGUAUGUACCUGCAUGAUGAAACUCAGAAGAGCAUGCUAACGUACAAGACUGACACUCUGAAGCCUGCAAAUGUAAUUAGGUAAACUGAACAAACCAUAUCCUAAUCAGAAAAAGAGGACUAACAUUGCCAGGUGUUGUCUUGAUGUUUUUUGGCUUGGAUGCAUCCAUUACGGAAAAGGACUCUGGGAUUCUGUUGGAAAAUGAGUUUCAAUUGGAAAACGCUGGAAACAAUGGCAGUUGCUUUAUUUCUCAAGGAUACGGCCUGGGAGACUCCAAACUUUGUCUGGCAGUUUUCUGUACUUUGGUUACAAUGGGAUUAACUGUGGUUGGAGUCAACAUAGCAGUAUUACAAGCAUCCAAGUUUGCCAGUGCUGGACAAAACUCCACCUUGAUCUUCAUUCGAAGUUUCUGCACAGGAGAUAUGAUAAUAGGCAUCUUUGGCAUCAUCAAAGGAUUGCACUUGGCAUAUGGGAUUGGCCUUAAGAUUAACCUGUUUCUCUCAGAGAGUUUGUUUUUCACUGCUAAUACAGCCGUUGCCUCAUGCCAUGCCUGGCUAGCUGUGGAAAUGUAUUUGAAGCUGGCCAAACCUUUGGGGACAAAGUUCAUGUUGGAGAAGAACAAUGUGAUAGCUUUAAUGAUAGUCUUGUGGAACUGUGCCUUCAUCCUUGGGUUUUUGCCCCAGCUAGGUUGGCACACUACCGAUUAUGCCCAUGAGUUUUUCCAGUAUUACGAUUGGAGAUACCUUUUGUUCAUGUCAUUUAUAUGGGAGCUUUGUUAUCUCUGUGUCCUGCUUGUACAGGUAUAUACUGCUCUGGUUGUGCGCGCAAUUCGUCAUCAGGACGGCUUGAUGAGUGUUGACACAAUGGAAUUCAAGAGAUGCUAUAAUCUGAUUUUAACCUCCAGGUUAGACUUGUGCCUUUGGUUUUUUGUGUAUAUUCCGGCCAUUGCCUACAUAGGACUGGUUUGCUCUUCCUGUGCAUUUGGGAAUAUCUCAAACAACAAUGAAACUUAUAUCUUGUGGGUGUACACUGCUUUGUUAGGCAAGUCAUUGCUGAAUGGAAUUGUCCAUGGUUACCGAACUCCGCAGAUUAGAGUUGUUUUCAAAAACCUGCUGACAGACAUUUAUGAUGUGAUUUGUCAUCCUUCACGUCUGUUCAGGUCUUGCUCUGGACAAGCAACAUUGGCCUCUCUGGAUCGUAAUAGCCAGACCAGUGGUGUGUCUGUGAUAACCUUAACAUCUACACUCCAUUCCGCAGAUCUGGCAGCAAAACAGACCCACCAUAGGUCAAAGUGUUCACUACCCGAUGAAACAACAUCAGACACAUAUGACUAUUUGGAAGUAACACGUCUUUAAAGUUUGGAAGAUCAAUGAGGUCUCCCUAUAAAUGCAACACAGAAAAUGUGAAUAUUUUAUGAUUCUUUUACAUUGUGAAAAACGCUGUUAUUA